AUGAAUCAGCCAGAGUAUGAAGCAAAAAUACAAAUCCGAGUUGGGCCCAGCCAAGGAGCGAUUCAAAAUUCAAAUUACAUUUUGGCCAACAUAGAGUAUGAACCAAAACCUCAUGGAAUGAAGGAAAUAGGAACCAAAAGCACUGAAGUUAGAGGCAGAGUACAAAUCCUCCUGCUACGCAUGCCUUCCUAUGGAAGAAAACUAGUAGGUGCACCUGACGCAUUGAACAGCAUCCCAAGCGACAGUGGGGGAUGCAAGAUUGAUACGCGUGCUAGAGAGAAUGGGGGACACUUUCACCAAACCACUGGAAGGCACUUCUCAUGGUUUCACCUCACAAUGCAUCAAGAAGAAAGGGGAGUUCAAGAAAGUCCAGAGCAUGCACAGCAAAAUCCACCUCUCUUAGGUUGGGCAUCGUUGGCCGAAACAAGAAGAAACCUCAGCCUAUCAAGACAGACUUGCAGCAGCUGA